UGCGUGGUUCAUUCAAUUGAUGUUGAAGAUUUGCGCGUUUCCAUCAGCAGACUGUCAAUGGCUUUUGGGACGUGUUUUAUUUGAAUGCAUGGACUUUUAAAAAAUAUUUCGUCCAAAGCAACCUCGCGCAGUAAUGGAUAUCUUAUGGAUAUUAUGGAUACUACCCACUGUAUUAGCUGUAGAAGAAACGCUGAUGGACUCUACAACGGCGACGGCCGAGCUCGGCUGGACGGUAUAUCCCACCUCUGGGGUGAGUGACAUCACCAGUUGGGAGGAAGUGAGCGGGUAUGACGAGAACAUGAACACCAUCCGCACCUACCAGGUGUGCAACGUCUUCGACAACAACCAGAACAACUGGGUGCGCACCAAGUACAUCCGUCGCCGUGGCGCCCAGCGCAUCCACGUGGAGAUGAAGUUCUCGGUGCGCGACUGCAGCAGCAUCCCCAACGUGCCCGGCUCCUGCAAGGAGACCUUCAACCUGUACUACUACGAGUCUGACUCGGACACCGCCAGCAAGGUGUCCCCGGCCUGGAUGGAGAACCCCUGGGUGAAGGUGGACACCAUCGCGGCGGACGAGAGCUUCUCGCAGGUGGACCUGGGCGGGCGGGUGAUGAAGAUCAACACGGAGGUGCGCAGCUUCGGGCCCGUGUCCCGCCACGGCUUCUACCUGGCCUUCCAGGACUACGGCGGCUGCAUGUCGCUCAUCGCCGUGCGCGUCUUCUACCGCAAGUGCCCCCGCGCCGUCCGCAACGGCGCCGUGUUCCAGGAGACGCUGUCGGGGGCGGAGAGCACCUCGCUGGUGGCGGCGCGGGGCGUGUGCGUGCCCAACGCCGAGGAGGUGGACGUGCCCAUCAAGCUGUACUGCAACGGGGAGGGCGAGUGGAUGGUGCCCAUCGGGCGCUGCAUGUGCAAGGCCGGGCACGAGGCCGUGGACAACGGCACGGUCUGCAGAGCGUGCCCGUCUGGCUACUUCAAGCCUGCCCAGGGGGAUGACUCCUGCAUACAGUGUCCCAUGAACAGCCGCACCACCAACGAGGGCGCCACCACCUGCGUCUGCCGCAGCGGCUACUACCGGACCGACUCGGACCCCAUCCGGAUGCCCUGCACCACUGUCCCCUCGGCGCCCCAGAACGUGAUCUCCAGCGUGAACGAGACCUCGCUGAUGCUGGAGUGGGCCCCGCCGCGGGAGGGCGGGGGCCGCGAGGACGUGGUCUACAACAUCAUCUGCAAGAGCUGCGGGGCGGGGCGGGGGGGCUGCACGCGCUGCGGGGACAACGUGCAGUUCGUCCCGCGCCAGCUGGGCCUGACCGAGCCGCGCGUCUACAUCAGCGACCUGCUGGCCCACACGCAGUACACCUUCGAGAUCCAGGCCGUCAACGGCGUCUCCGACCAGAGCCCCUAUUCCCCGCAUUACUCCUCCGUCAACAUCAUCACCAACCAGGCCGCUCCGUCCGCCGUGUCCAUCAUGCACCAGGUCAGCCGUACUGUGGACAGCAUCACGCUGUCCUGGUCCCAGCCCGACCAACCCAACGGGGUCAUUCUGGACUAUGAGCUCCAGUACUAUGAGAAGGACCAGACCGAAUACAACUCCUCCACGGUGAAGAGCCAGACCAACACGGCGGUCAUCCGAGGCCUCAAACCGGGGGCCAUCUACGUCUUCCAGGUGCGGGCCAGGACCGUGGCCGGGUUCGGACGCUACAGCGGCAAGAUGUACUUCCAGACCAUGACCGAAGAGGAGUACAACACCAGCAUGCAGGAGAAACUGCCCCUCAUCAUCGGCUCCGCCGCGGCCGGCCUGGUCUUCCUCAUCGCCAUCGUGGUCAUCAUCAUCGUCUGCAACCGGAGGAGAGGCUUCGAGAGGGCCGACUCCGAAUACACGGACAAGCUGCAGCACUACACCAGCGGCCACAUAACUCCAGGAAUGAAGAUCUAUAUUGAUCCGUUUACAUAUGAGGACCCGAACGAGGCUGUGCGGGAGUUCGCCAAGGAGAUUGACAUCUCCUGCGUGAAGAUCGAGCAGGUCAUUGGCGCAGGUGAGUUCGGAGAAGUGUGCAGUGGGAACCUGAAGCUCCCGGGGAAGAGGGAGAUGUUUGUGGCCAUUAAGACCCUGAAGUCGGGCUACACGGAGAAGCAGAGGCGGGACUUCCUGAGCGAGGCCAGCAUCAUGGGCCAGUUCGACCACCCCAACGUGAUCCACCUGGAGGGCGUGGUCACCAAGAGCAGCCCGGUCAUGAUCGUCACGGAGUUCAUGGAGAACGGGUCACUGGACUCAUUCCUCCGACAAAACGACGGGCAGUUCACGGUGAUCCAGCUGGUGGGCAUGCUGCGUGGCAUCGCCUCGGGCAUGAAGUACCUCGCCGACAUGAACUACGUGCACCGGGACCUGGCCGCCCGCAACAUCCUGGUCAACAGCAACCUGGUGUGCAAGGUGUCCGACUUCGGCCUGUCCCGCUUCCUGGAGGACGACACGUCGGACCCCACCUACACCAGCGCCCUGGGAGGGAAGAUCCCAAUCCGAUGGACCGCGCCCGAGGCCAUUCAGUACAGGAAAUUCACCUCCGCCAGUGAUGUGUGGAGCUACGGCAUCGUCAUGUGGGAGGUCAUGUCCUACGGAGAGCGGCCUUACUGGGACAUGACCAAUCAAGACGUGAUCAACGCCAUCGAGCAGGACUACCGGCUGCCUCCCCCCAUGGACUGCCCCAGCGCCCUGCACCAGCUUAUGCUGGACUGCUGGCAGAAGGACCGCAACAACCGGCCCAAGUUCAGCCAGAUCGUCAACAACCUGGACAAGAUGAUCCGCAACCCCAACAGCCUGAAGGCCAUGACCCCGCUGUCUUCUGGCAUCCACCUGCCCCUGCUGGACCGCAGCGUGCCAGAUUUUUCCAGCUUCAGCGCCGUAGAUGAUUGGCUGGACGCCAUCAAAAUGGGCCAGUACAAAGAGAACUUUGCCAACGCUGACUUUACCAGCUUUGAUGUAGUCUCCCAGAUGACUAUGGAUGACAUCCUGAGGGUGGGGGUGACGCUAGCAGGGCACCAGAAGAAGAUCCUCAACAGCGUCCAGAUGAUGCGAGCCCAGAUGAACCAGAUCCAGUCUGUGGAAGUUUGACCUCUGGAGACGGACCUGGGAGGGAGCAAGGGGGGGUGGGGGGGUGGGGG